AGAGGAAGUAGGAAAAUAGUUGAAAAAUGCCCGUUCGCAGGUUAGGUGUACUAGAUUAUAUAAUUUUCGCAAACAAAAUACAAAGAAAAAAAUUAUACAGAAUACAAAAUGGGGACAAUCGACAGACAUUUCUUAUGGAGCAUUUUUCACAGGUACGUAAAUGUCAAAUGUAUUCGUCCCAUAUUUGAUUUUCUUUGAUUGUCUGUCUUUUGAAGAGCGAUAAUAUGGGAAUAAUCUUGUGUUCGCGUGACCCAUAUUUAUAGCGUGUUUACCCGAGGUUAUAAUGAAUACAAUGUUGUGUUCCGUUUAAUAAUUAAAGUUAACGCUUUUGUACUGUUAAUAGUAUUAUAUGCAUAUAUUGUUAAACUGUAGAAUUGACAAAGACAAGAAUGGGUCGAUCAGUGGCGACGAAUUACAGCAGGCAUUAGCAAAUGGUAUGUUUUGGAAAUAUGAUAUUUCAAAUAUCAAAUGUUUAAUUAAUACAUAUUUAGUUCCUUGUUUGUGGUUGCGGUAUAACACGCAAAGGUAUUUGAGCUACAUAUUAUUCAUCCCGACUGCAGGAAUCACUGCACAACUUCUUAACCAUAGUUUUGAUCAGAUUAAUUAUGUACUGUACCAUUUUGCUGCCCUUUGAACAAUAGGCGAUUUAAUUAAUACCUAAAUAAUUAAAUUGUUACAAUUUUUGACUUCAAUUAAUUAAGCAUCAAGGUACUAACCAGUGCUCUCCUCCCCUUGACAAGUAAAUCGCCUGGUGUUAGCAAAAUAAUGAUGGGUGAACUAGACCCAUGGUCAAAUAGUCUGAUUAACCCAUUGAGUGGUUAGCACUCUCCCCCUGACGCAGGGCCGUAGCUAGACGUGAUAAUUGGGGAGGGGGGUAUAUUCAUACAUUUAUGUUCACAUACCGGUACGAUAGAAACAAUUGCUUUCAAAAGAAAUCCGUCGGGCAGAAUACAAAUAUAUAUGAAUAUGCAUCCCCCAAUUAUCGGUCUAGCUACGGCCCUGCCCUGACGAGUAAAAUAAUAUGCCAUUAUGGUAAAAUCAUCUGGCGUUAUAAUAUUUUAUAUAUAAUUGUGAUAUUUUCCCAUACACCAUACAUUGACCAGAGGGCCUAUAAAUUAUAGUUGCAUUUUUCACAACUGCUCCUGGUUACUUGUCUAAUAAAUGUAUAAUUCUGUCUACACAAUUAUACCCUUAAAAACCUGCCUAUUUCAAAUUGUAGGUACAUGGACUGCCUUUAACCCGGAAACAAUCCGACUAAUGAUGGGUAAGGCUGUUUUAACUUAGUUUGAACUCAACUGGAACUCAUAAAUUUAAUUUUCGACUACACAGUGGUGUAACUUAAUUGCCAUAAUUUGGUUGAACAUGAAUUGGUUGCCCGGAAUAGAAUUUACUUGCCAUCAGGUUUAGUUUUGCAGGCUCACAGAUUAACAAAAUUUGAAGCAGUUUAUUGCAGUAAGGAUUGGUUAAUCACUAUUUUAAUUUUAUGUUUUCUUUAACAAAUUCAAUUGAAGACUAAUAAACAUUCAGUGUUGAAUUCAGCUGAUUUAUUAAUGAUAAAGAAUCAAAGAAUGCAUAACAUAAAGAAGCAAACAAUUUAGUAUAGCAAUUAUACAGAGACCAAUAUAAAUAAUUGUAUAGAAUAUUAAUAAUUAAUUAGAAAUUUGCCUUUAGUCAGUAUUGUAUAGCCUUAAAAGUAUAAACUAGUUAACUUGACUUAAAACUGUUGUGUUGAUCAUAUUGUGUACACUUAGCUUAGCCCAAACUGACAUACCAGUAUAUUUUUGGUGUUGUUCUGGGUCUUUAGCCAUGUUUGAUACAGAUGGCAAUGGUGUAAUUGAUUUCAACGAGUUUGCUGCAUUAUGGCAAUAUGUUUGUGACUGGCAAGAGACAUUCCGCAGUUUUGAUUUGGACAACUCUGGUACAAUCGACAGACAUGAAUUGAAAUCAGGUAAGCCUGUGUAA